CUACCUGCCCAGGUGAUGCGGAAGGGCGCCACCGGCCUCCCGGGAAGAAUGUGGGGCGCUUUCCAGGUUUCCACGGAGUCCGCAGAAACUCAUUUGGAGACCCCCCCCCCCCCAUUCGGCCUUCGACUCGCAGGAACCUACGUAGCUGCCUUUCCCAGAGAGCCCGCCUGCCCCCGCGCUGCUCUGCCCGGCCUCUGCGGGGCUGUGCGCGCCUGGUGCGGACGCUGCGCUGGCGCUGGCAGCGCGGUCCUGGACGCCACCUCCCUCAGCUUCAACACCCGGCUGAAGUGGUUCGCCCUCUGCUUCGUCUGCGGCAUCUUCUUCUCCAUCCUUGGAACUGGAUUGCUGUGGCUCCCUGGUGGCAUAAAGCUUUUCGCAGUGUUUUACACCCUUGGAAACAUUGCUGCCUUGGCCAGUACGUGCUUUUUAAUGGGACCCGUGAAACAGCUGAAGAAAAUGUUUGAAACAACGAGAUUGCUGGCAACAGUCGUUAUGCUUCUGUGUUUCGUCCUUACCCUGUGCGCUGCUCUUUGGUGGCAUAAGAAGGCGCUGGCCGUGCUAUUCUGCAUAUUGCAGUUCUUGUCAAUGACCUGGUAUAGUCUGUCGUAUAUCCCGUAUGCAAGGGAUGCAGUAAUUAAGUGCUGUUCUUCUCUCCUGAGUUAAAAAUCAGAAACUCUUUGAAAAGACCGUUUGAAAGUGGGAUGUUCUGUUUUUGGUGAAGUAUGCUUUUCCUGAUAUAGUAAUCACUCCAAAAAACAACUGCACCGACCAUGUAAGACCGUUUUGUAUACUGAUGAAAACUACACGCUGAUUAAACUGUUACAUGCUUGUGACGUUAAUUGAUUGUGUCAUUAAUAUGCUCUUCCAGAGAUAAGGAGGUUUUAAUCAUUGCCAGUUGUAAAUGAUUUUUAGCCAGUUUUUUAAUCUUUUCUAAAUAGCAUUUGAAAUGUGAAUAUUUAAAGAUAAACCUGUGCUGCAAGAGAUAUUCAGCUUUUUUGGCGGUUUUUAAAUGUCUGCAUUUUUAAAAUAUCUUUUUAAGAUAAAAACUUUAAGCUAAAACUUGCUUAUUAUAUAUAAUAAAAAUAAUAUAUAAAUCUUUAUAAUUUUGAAAUAAACCCACACUUGGAAAAACAA